AUGCCUCACCCGUUCUAUGUGAGCAGCAUGGCUCCAGAGCACCCCUCCCCCGCCCGGCCCAGCCCCCACAAACCCAGACCCAGGGAUGGGGCAUUGGAUCACAGGGCUGGGGGAUGUGAGAAGAGACCCAGUCAGUCCCCUUCUAAACUAUCCUCUGAGCGGCCAGCCCCACUGAACCAGCCCCCGACUACCAAAGACCCAGCAGACCCAAAGCCUCUGGACCUCUCUGGAAGGCUGCUGGAGUUAGGCCUGCCUCCUAACGGCUUCCCUGUGAAGAUGGAGACUCUGGGGUCCCCGGGGCCUCGGUACGGACAUCCCCCGAGCCGGGAGCGCCUGAAAGAGACCCUCUCCCUCUCACCCCCCUCCCAACCCUGCCACUCCCCCUCAGUGGUCAGCAGCACUUCCUCCAAAGCCCCAGAGAUGAUCAGCACUUUGCACUCCUCCUGGGUGGUGCCCACCCUUACACCCUCUUCCACCAUUGGGUCCACCCACGCACACCCCCACCCCCCAGCCCUGUCCUCAUCCCCCAGGCCCAGCCCAGACACCCAAGGGAAAGGCUCCUCUCCCUCCGUCAUCAAACACAAGGCUCUGGAGAGAGUCCUGCCCCAGCCCCAGCAACGCAGCCCAUCCUGCCCCAGGGUAGGAGAGCCAAAUACUACCCCAAUACCUUCCAAUCUCAAUCCUCCUUCCACAAUACCCCUGUCCCCCAAACCCAAUAAUGAUUGGCCCAAACACAGCCCCAGCCAAUCAGAACGUUCCCCCAUGGCCGGCCAUCAUAGGAACUUCACAGAGAAGCCCCCCAAAGCCCCCAAGAGGGCUGAGACGUCCCAGGAGGUGUCUCCAUAUAAUAAACGUCCCUGUCUAGAGAAUGCCAAUGGGCACCCACCCAGCCACCUCUACCUGCCCCAGAGCGAGGCCUACCUACCUCACAGCAUGGCCUACGCCAACCGAUACCUGCACUACUCUGUACCCGACAGCAUGGCCCUCCACUCUCUCCCUCUGCCAGGGAAGGGCCCGGCCUACCCUCACCCCGUCCUGCUUGGCAGUAACAGCCUUUACCCCUCCCACCUGGCAGCCAAACACCCCUUACCCUACCAUGCUGGAGAGUACCUCACCUACAACUCCCAGGAGAUGGCCCACCCUCUGAUGCACACACACCCAGAAUCUAAAGCCCAGGAGCGGGUAGAUCAGGGGCCCAAGUCCCGUGGCCAGGGCCAGGACAAACCUAGGGGACUCACAGAGGAUUUUGGUGGGUCCCACAGGGGCCGGAGUGAUGUGGAGACAGGGGAGGGGUCCCAUGUGAAUCGCAAUAAAGAUGCAGGGGAGCGGGGAGGGAGCCAGCCCAGAACCCUCUCCUCCUCCAGCACCAGUAUUCCUUCCAAAGACAGAAUCGUCUGCAUUGACCUCGUACACUCCGACACAGAUGGAGAGUCUACGCCGACCGCCAACAAGCCGCCACUCCCUGUCAUCGUUCCCAUCGCCAGGGGCAACCAACACAAGUGUGGCCAAAGCAUGAGGGAAGUGAAGCUGGAGCCAGAACACCAACUGCAUCAUCAUCAUCUUCUUCAUAAUCAUCUUCAUCACCACCCCAGCCCAAGCUCCACCCUGAGAACUACCCACACAGACAGACAACCAGAGACCACCUGUAUGAGGCCCAGGCCCCUCCAGGAGACGGGCUGUCCGGGUGUGGCCUCUAGCCCACCUCAGGGCUCCCCAGGACUGGUUACUCAGGCCGAGGAGAGCCCUGAGGACCAGAGCCCUUCCUCAGACCCAGGGGACCAGGGGGAGCAGGUCAAAAGCACCUUGCGCUGUGCCCGCACAUCUGGGGACCGCACGUCUGGCGACCGCAAGAUGGGAGACCGUACUUCUGGAGAUUAUGACCGCACAGCAGUAGACCGUACAACUGGGGAUCGUGGCCGCAUGUCUGGCAACCGCACGUCUAGACAUUGCACAUCAUCUUGCGACCGCACAUCUGGAGAGGAGAGAGAAGAGAUGGACAGACAACCUUUCUCCCAACCCAUCCAUCGCUACAUGGACCUGGGGAAGGAGAGUGAAAUAGAAGGAGGGAGCGUUGGAGACACAGAGGAGUCACAUGGAGAGGGGGAUGAGGACGAAGAGGGUGGACGAAGAGGCUCACGGAGGACCAGCCUGACCAAGAGGAUCGCUAACUCUUCAGGCUACGUGGGCGACCGCAUCAAAUGUGUCACCACCGAGCUGUAUGCAGACUCUAGCAAGCUGAGUCGGGAACAGCGAGCCCUGCAGGUGAGUUGAGAGAACUGCGGCCGUAGUUGGGUUAGGGUGGCGGGCAGCAACUGUGGAUGUGAUGAUAAACAUGACCCAUUUAUCUGAAGCCUUUUACAGUUUACAUUUCAGUUCCCAUGUGGUCCAUGCAGGAAUCAAACCCACUACUCUGGUCAAUUCUGCCACUCAUUUUAGCGGGUCAUAGCAGGUCCUUGUAGUUUGGAGAGACAAUAUGUCUUCAUAUACAGUGGGGAAAAAAAGUAUUUAGUCAGCCACCAAUUGUGCAAGUUCUCCCACUUAAAAAGAUGAGAGAGGCCUGUAAUUUUCAUCAUAGGUACACGUCAACUAUGACAGACAAAAUGAGAAAAAGAAAUCCAGAAAAUCAUAUUGUAGGAUUUUUAAUGAAUUUAUUUGCAAAUUAUGGUGGAAAAUAAGUAUUUGGUCACCUACAAACAAGCAAGAUUUCUGGCUCUCACAGACCUGUAACUUCUUCUUUAAGAGGCUCCUCUGUCCUCCACUCGUUACCUGUAUUAAUGGCACCUGUUUGAACUUGUUAUCAGUAUAAAAGACACCUGUCCACAACCUCAAACAGUCACACUCCAAACUCCACUAUGGCCAAGACCAAAGAGCUGUCAAAGGACACCAGAAACAAAAUUGUAGACCUGCACCAGGCUGGGAAGACUGAAUCUGCAAUAGGUAAGCAGCUUGGUUUGAAUAAAUCAACUGUGGGAGCAAUUAUUAGGAAAUGGAAGACAUACAAGACCACUGAUAAUCUCCCUCGAUCUGGGGCUCCACGCAAGAUCUCACCCGUGGGGUCAAAAUGAUCACAAGAACGGUGAGCAAAAAUCCCAGAACCACAUGGGGGGACCUAGUGAAUGACCUGCAGAGAGCUGGGACCAAAGUAACAAAGCCUAACAUCAGUAACACACUACGCCGCCAGGGACUCAAAUCCUGCAGUGUCAGACGUGUCCCCCUGCUUAAGCCAGUACAUAUCCAGGCCCUUCUGAAGUUUGCUAGAGUGCAUUUGGAUGAUCCAGAAGAGGAUUGGGAGAAUGUCAUAUGGUCAGAUGAAACCAAAAUAUAACUUUUUGGUAAAAACUCAACUCGUUGUGUUUGGAGGACAAAGAAUGCUGAGUUGCAUCCAAAGAACACCAUACCUACUGUGAAGCAUGGCGGUGGAAACAUCAUGCUUUGGGGCUGUUUUUCUGCAAAGGGACCAGGAUGACUGAUCCGUGUAAAGGAAAGAAUGAAUGGGGCCAUGUAUCGUGAGAUUUUGAGUGAAAACCUCCUUCCAUCAGCAAGGGCAUUGAAGAUGAAACGUGGCUGGGUCUUUCAGCAUGACAAUGAUCCCAAACACAACGCCCGGGCAACGAAGGAGUGGCUUCGUAAGAAGCAUUUCAAGGUCCUGGAGUGGCCUAGCCGGUCUCCAGAUCUCAACCCCAUAGAAAAUCUUUGGAGGGAGUUGAAAGUCCGUGUUGCCCAGCAACAGCCCCAAAACAUCACUGCUCUAGAGGAGAUCUGCAUGGAGGAAUGGGCCAAAAUACCAGCAACAGUGUGUGAAAACCUUGUGAAGACUUACAGAAAACGUUUGACCUGUGUCAUUGCCAACAAAGGGUAUAUAACAAAGUAUUGAGAAACUUUUGUUAUUGACCAAAUACUUAUUUUCCACCAUAAUUUGCAAAUAAAUUCAUUAAAAAUCCUACAAUGUGAUUUUCUGGAUUUAUGUUUUCGAUUCUGUCUCUCACAGUUGAAGUGUACCUAUGAUAAAAAUUACAGACCUCUACAUGCUUUCUAAGUAGGAAAACCUGCAAAAUUGGCAGUGUAUCAAAUACUUGUUCUCCCCACUGUAGAUGUCUUAGAAUCAGACUAUGUAUCAGACACCUGCUCCCCAUAUCUGAACUAGGGCGGGGUUAGUCCAGAGUUAUAGGCUUAUCCCAGCCCUUAGCUGUUGCCUCUGAGUUUAUGAGAGGACAUUUUAAGCCUGUUGACAGUCAGUGAUAGGUUAACCUUGCCCUGUGAGUUGUCUAGGCAACAAUGGUUAAGUUGUUAGCGUGCUCUGCUCUGGGGGGGGGGGGGGGGAGCCUCAUGGUUCACCCUGCCUCUUGCUGUGCUUAACCCCAAGGUGAGCCAGAGGGGCUGAAAGGUGGAUGGAUGGGGUUCCUUGUUUAUAAAGUCCCCUCCACCCCUCCACCCUUCCAACCACCCCCCACCCACCCUGGCCUUGUCCAAGGUCACACAUCCCUCCCCAAUGGCUAUUAGUGCCUGGCUUCUCACACACGCACACACACACAUUGAACACAUGGACAAACACACGCAUGCUAUAUACUCAAACACUGAUUCAGUGCUGCACGAUUGAACCCAUUCCACCUGUGCUGCAUUAUUGAGUGAUCAUCCACUGCAUCUACUUUUCUACUUAUUAUAGACCAACAUCAGUGGUUCUAGUUAGAUUAGAUUAAAAACACAUGUGUAUACCAUUUCUGGCUAGACACACACACCUAUUAUGGUGUAUCUGAAUAAGGCAGAGGCACAUUUAUGUUACUGGUUGGUUCCACCCGUCUGUCCAUAUGUUGUGAACAUGCCUUUGAACCAUCUGGUUAUGAUUGCUGAUACAGAGCUGGAAAACAAAGCUUUCAAAUGCUAGAUUUCUGCACGUUUACUAUCAUCUUAAUAACUCAAUUAAGUUAUAUUAUAUACACACAAUUCCCCCCCAUUGUAAUUAAAAAAUCAGUUCAGAAAACAAGGGUUUGAUAGUUUUAUAAUGUGUUUAUAGAUCGACUCACUGGUUUGAUUUGAUUAUGUUUGUGUGUGCUUGGUGGGACUGUGGCUACUAGAUUUUGUAUGUGUAUAACAGGGGUGCUUCAAUCCCAGCUUCCAGGUCUUCAGUACUACUGGUUUUCCGUCAUGGUAGUUAAUUGAUUGAUUGAUUAUUGUCAAUGAUUGGCCAAUCCUUGAUUAGUGGGGAAGAAGAAAAACCAGCAGUUCUGUGGACCCAGAGGCCUGGAGUUGAGAAAGGGGGUUGCAAAGACGUGGAGAAAUACAUUUUAACAUACAAUACCUACAUGAAAUGAUGGACAGAUAUAUUGAAAUUAUUAAAAUGAUGGACUGAUAUAUUGAAAUGAUGGACAGAUAUAUUGAAAUGAUGGACAGAUAUAUUGAAAUGAUGAACAGAUAUAUUGAAAUUAUUAACAGAUAUAUUAAAAUGAUGGACAGAUAUAUUGAAAUGAUGGACAGAUAUAUUGAAAUGAUUAACAGAUAUAUUGAAAUGAUGGACAGAUAUAUUGAAAUUAUGAACAGAUAUAUUGAAAUGAUGGACAGAUAUGAAAAUGAUGGACAGAUAUAUUGAAAUGAUGGACAGAUAUAUUGAGCCCCCCGUUCUAAUUGCUUAGAUGGAAGUCAUAUCACGAGAGGGGAGUAAUAUAAGUCAACCUGCAGCUAACUGGGAGGUCAGUUCUUUACAUUUCUUUAUCACACUCUACCCCUCAGACAGGCUUUCUCUCCCCUUCUGCCCUCUAUCAGCUCCCUAUUUAUUUUUCUCUCACUUGCUCUGUACUGCGUCCUCCUUUUCUCUCUCUCUCUCUCGCCCUCCCUCUCUCUCUCUCUCUCUCUCUCUCUCUCUCUCUCUCUCUCGCGCCCUCCCUUUCUUUUUUCUCUCUCUCUCCUUCUCUUUCUCCUUCUCUUUCUCUCUCUGUGAGCCUCAGGGCUAGCCGUAUGUGUUUCCUAGCUGUGUUCAUGUUUCAGGAAGGGAGAUGGCAGGAACUAGGGCCCAAGAGCGAUCGCAUGGACUCACCGUGGCUGACUGCACUAGUCUAACCUAACCGUGUCUGGAUGUGCCAUGCUUGUUCAUUUAUCUCUCUCUUUGUUCUGUUUUGUUUUGGCCUCCUUUUUUGACACAAUGUGAUCUUGUUGUUUGCUUCGGUAGUCGUUCAGCCCAGAUUGAGGUUUAGAGAGGUGUGUGCGGCGCGGGCUAGACGGUUAGUGGGUUUCAUGGCUGUUUUCUCUGUGUGUGUCUCUGUGUAUGUUGUGUGUGUGUGUGUGUUUAGCGGGCGAUGAUGCGGUUCUCGGAGCUGGAGCUGAAGGAGAAGGAGUGCGGGGGUGUGUGUGUGUCUGCGUCGACAGCGGUAGCAGGACAGGAGUUGGCAGACCGCCAGCGGAGAGAGAGAGACUGGGAACACUGCCAACACACCGCCAGGCAGGGAGAGAGCGAGGGUGAGUAACCCAAUGCGCACACACACACACGCACACACACACACUUACAGCAAAACUCAGCUAGGCAGGGUUUGGUCACAACACACACACACACAGUGAGAGAACGAGAGAGACAUGGGGAGAGAGUCUUAUUUUUAAGGAGCAUUUUGUGCUUAUCUGUAUGGAGAGAGGAUAAAGAGGAUGAGGCAGAGAUCGAGUGAAUGGUGGAGAGGAGGAGGGGGAGAGCUGAGGGGUGAGCCAAAGCAAGUUAUAGAGAGGGAAGAGGAAUAGUUAGCGAGUGAAAGCGAAUGGGAGAGAAGAAUGGGAGUGAGCGAGGAAUAGAGAGUGUGCCAGAGAAAGAGAGGGAGAGAGUGCGAGGGAGGGAAAGAGAGAGAGAGCAAGAGGGAUGGAGGGGGGGGUUACUUGUGUUGGCGGGGAGCCCAGCUGUGUAUUGAAGCGAGCCCUGGACUGACGUGGGAGCCUAAUUAUGGCAGAGAGAGGGAGAGAAAGGGAGAGCGAGCGUCACGCUCAGUGUGGGAAGGGCGUGGCAGGGUCAUGCCAGGGGGUGGAUGGGGGAGGAGAGAGGGAGAGAAUGGAGUGUUUUCGUCCUAAAUAAAAAUAAAUCCUCUUGUUCCCUCCCUCUCUCUCUUUCUCCCUCUCUCCCUCUUUUCCAUAGUGGCAGCGCCGGUGUGAAUGGUUAGACUGUUAGCUCCACUGACACUCUUUACACCAUCAAAGUUUUAUAGCCUGUCUUUAGAAGAGAAUAAACGUUGGCUGCUGUUUAACAGCCCUUCUCUCACUCUUUCUCCUCCUCUCUUUCUCUCGCUUUCCCUCACUCUCUCGGCACCCUCCAUCUCUCCCCUCUCUCCGUGGCUUCUUUCUCCUCCGCUUCCCCCCCUUUCCUUCUCUCCACUCUCGGUCUUCCUCCCUGGUCUAGGUGGAAGGCAGGACUAUGGGAACAACAGAGUCCCAGUCCUACAGAGGUGUGGGGGCCAGAGGGAGAGCCUGUACCCAGGACAGGAGGCCUGGGAGGGGGCUAGAGAUGGUGCUAGAGAGGGCGAGGGUUGGCGAUGUUCACCCCCAGUACUGGCACCGGCAGACGGGCACCCCCAGGAGAAGGGUGUGCAGGGCAUGGUAGCCAUUAGGAAACACACACACAGCCUACAGAAGGGAGAGGAGGAAGGAGGAAAUAGCUCAGAGAAGGCCAGGAUGACUUCAGGUGAGUGUGGGGGAUGUAGUUUUCUCUUAUCGACCCGUGUCAAUGUGGCUCUUUCAGCCUUUUCUCUCCAUCUCACCCUUUCUCUCUCUCUGUCCCUCCUCUCACCCCUCUCCCUCUGUCCCUCCUCUCACCCCUCUCUCUCUGUCCCUCCUCUCACCCCUCUCUCUCUGUCUCUCUCUCACCCCUCUCUCUCUGUCCCUCCUCUCACCCCUCUCUCUCUGUCCCUCCUCUCACCCCUCUCUCUGUCCCUCCUCUCACCCCUCUCUCUCUGCCCCUCCUCUCACCCCCUCUCUCUCUGCCCCUCCUCUCACCCCUCUCUCUCUGUCCCUCCUCUCACCCCUCUCUCUCUGCCCCUCCUCUCACCCCUCUCUCUCUGCCCCUCCUCUCACCCCUCUCUCUCUGUCCCUCCUCUCACCCCUCUCUCUCUGGCCCCUCCUCUCACCCCUCUCUCUCUGUCCCUCCCUCCUCACCCCUCUCUCUGCCCCUCCUCUCACCCUCUCUCUCUGUCCCUCCUCUCACCCCUCUCUCUCUCUCCCUCCUCUCACCCCUCUCUCUGUCCCUCCUCUCACCCCUCUCUCUUUGCCUCAUCACCGUAGGUGUCCAAUCUCUCUUGCUCUGUCUGGCUCUCUCUCCCCCCUCCAUCUCUGUUGCCUCUCUCUUUCAACCCUCUGUCUGUUCCAACCCUCUCUCCUUUUUCUCCCACAACCAUUGUCCUUCAUUUCUCUUUCUCUCUGUCCCAUCCCUCUCUCUGUGUGGCAGCCAGUUCAGUGAAGAUAGAGCAUGAGAGAGAGAGAACACACAAGAGGAGAGGAGAGGAGUGAGAGAAGUGUUUAAUCCUGUCUUUGAGAGAGAGAGAGGGAGAAGGGAGGGAGCAGGACAGCCAUUCUCUCCAUUCCUCUACCACUACCUUCAAAGCUGCUCUUUUCUUUUCAUAUCCUUUCUUUCUUCCCUUGCGUGUUUGGGUUUCUGUUAUUUUUCCCCUUUUCUUUUGGCAUGUGGUUGCACUCGCUCUCCCAGUGCUGGCAGGCGAGAGGGCUAUUCCUCCCUGGGGCAUUUGAGAACCCCCCCCCCCCCCCCCCCCCCCCCCCCCCCCCACACUUCUCUCUCUCUUUCCGCCCCCCUCACUCUCUCUUUCUCUCUCUCUUACACAAACACACAAACACACACACACAAAGGCUUUGCCUAUGCUUAAAGUGUAGCUUACAUGAGGCUGUACAGCUCAUCAGCUUGUGAGAGUGGGCCUUGUGUCUUUUUUGUCUCUAUGUGUGUAUGUGUGUCCAUGCGUGUGUGUGUAUGUGUGUAUGUGUGUCCAUGCAUGCGUGUGUCUGUUUAUGUUGUACUCCUGUGUCUGUAAGUGUGGGUGUGUCUGUAUGUGUCCUAUUGUGUGUGUGUGUGUGUGUGUGUGUGUGUGUGUGUGUUUGUUCUCCAAUAAUGCCCACUCUCUGGGUCCGUAGAUGUGUGUGUGCUGUGGGGCAGUGAGCAACCUACGGCUCCUACUACUAAUGAUGAUGAUGAUGAAGAGGUGAGGAAGCUGAAGGUGUGUAUCGAGCUGAAGGGGCUCCACCUCCGCAAGCCCACCGCUUCCUCCCCCGAGAGGCCAGAGGUCAAAGAGGAGAGGACAUGGUCAUCACAUCACAGUCCCUCCUUCCUGCCCCGGCCACUACCCCCGACCCCAACCUGGACCCCAGCCCAUGCCCCGCCCACUCAGGACAGGAAGUUCAAGGUUGACCCGGAAGUGAAACCUCUGUCACAGAAGCCAGAGAUCACGAAGAGUUGGGCCAGAGAGAUGCUGGCUAAUGGAGACGCUAAACGAGGUAGGCAGUCUGUCUGCAGUCUGUCUGAGUUGUCUGAUUCUGAUUGUCUCUGUGGGGUUGUCCUGUAGCCUUGUCGCCAGUGGUAGUGGGCUUUUACUCCUACUAUGUACAGUAUGGAGCAGUCUUUAAUCAAUCAAUCAAAUGUAAUUUAUAAAGCCCUUUUUAAAUCAGCAGAUGUCACAAAGUGCUAUACAGAAACCCAGCCUAAAACCCCAAACAGCAAGCAAUGCAGAUGUAGAAGCACGGUGGCUAGGAAAAACUCCCUAGAAAGGCAGAAACCUAGAGAGGAUCUAGGUUCUGAGGGGUGGCCAGUCCCCUUCUGGCUGUGCCGGGUGGAGAUUAUAACAGUACAUUGGAUUUUUCUCCAAGAUAUUCAAACAUUCAUAGAUGACCAGCAGGGUCAAAUAAUAAUCACAGUGGUUGUAGAGGUUGCAACAGGUCAGUACAUCAGGAGUAAAUGUCACUUGGCUUUUCAUAGCCGGGCAUUUAGAGGUUGAACUAGCAGGUGCGGUAGAGAGAGAGAGUUGAAAACAGCAGGUCUGGGACAAGGUAGCACGUCCGGUGAACAGGUCAGGGUUCCAUAGCUGCAGGCAGAAGAGUGGAAACUGGAGCAGCAGCACGACCAGGUGGACUGGGGACAGCCAGGAGUCAUCAGGCCAGGUAGUCCUGAGGCAUGGUCCUAGGGCUCAGGUCCUCCGGGAUGGGAGGGAGAGAGAGAGAAUUAGGGGGAGCAUACUUAAAUUCACACAGGACACCGGAUAAGACAGGAGAAUAACACCAGAUAUACACCAGAUAUAAUAGACUAACCCUAGCCCCCCGGUACAUAGACUUUACUUUGCAAUAAGCUGUUCCAUAUCUUUUUUUAUGUCCUUCGCAUCUCCUCAAUAUCUCCUCUCUGACAGCAGUGUUGAAGCCACAGACAGAAGUUAAUCUAGGCUCUCUAUGGUUUUGUGAUGAGUGUGAUAGAAGGAGCAGGCGCAGGAGGGUAUUCCAUCGUACACAAAUAGUGCUGGACAAACGAAACAGGCACAGGGGAAAAUCUACCCUGGCAAUACAAGGUAACGGUAGCUCCAACAAUAACAGGCACAGGGGAAAUAUCUACCCCGGCAAUAACAAGGUACGAGUAGCUCCACCGAGCUACACUACUCUCACAAUUAAACAAUCACCCACAAGACAAGGGGGGCAGAGGGAACACUUAUACAUGGACUAAUGAGUGGAUAAGAACCAGGUGUGUGUGAUUGACAAGACAAGACAAAUGGAAUGAUGAAUAAUGAAGCGGCAGUGGCUAGUAGGCCGGUGACGACGAACGCCGAAGCCUGCCCAAACAAGGAGGGGAGGCAGCUUCGACGGAGGUCGUGACAGGUUUAGCCUUCAAUAUCCCUGUGCUUUGUGAUGUCACUUCCUCUCUACAUUAGCGGCGUAGUCAGCCUGCCAGGGAUCAGGGGCUUUCCCAGCAGAGUGGACAGGAAGUGACGUAGGAGGACACUUCCUGCUGGGUCCAGAGGGCCUGUGGAGGUCUCUUUAGAGUGUUUAGGGUUUAGAGUGUUAGAGAGGCUGUGUCUGUGGUUAAAACUAACAACUAACGUUCCCACAACUUUAGAGAACGUUCCUUUAAGAGUCUCAUUAGGUCAGAACGUAAGAUAUUAACGUUCCAUGGGAACGUUGGAAAAACAUUUGUGUCCCCCCCAAAGAAUCAUUACAUAUCAUGUUACUGUUGCCGAGCCAAUCAAUGCCCUGAUUGGUGAACCACUGAUCCAUUCACAGCUCUUUGUCUAUUGGUAAGGUUAGGGAUACUCACACACAGUGCUUUUAAGAUAGUUUUGAACUUAUAUAUUUGACACACAGGAUUACAUUGGGCAUGUUCAAUUAAUCGGUAAUUAUUAUUCAACAUGUCCUCAACUGGGAUUUGAACUCACAGCCUCUUGGUUCACGGUACGCUGAUCUUUACACCUCCAUGUCCGUGUAAGGUAUCAGUUAAUCUGACUAUUCCCUCAUCAUUGAUUUUAUUUGCUUAUUUCAGCAAUUUAAGGGGUUUCUGUAUAGUUGUCUAAUGUUGGUGGGCCAUAUAUUUUAAUGAUACUCCUGAAUCAUUAUGAUCAAUAAAAUAUUUUCUUGAGUGUACUUUUAACAGAGCUGAGAUUUAUUUCAGAGUGCAUUCACCCUAUUGGUUACACCUAUCAAGUUGUUUCAGUGCCUAGGGAAGCGGGGUUUGUUCUGGACAAGGCCUACCUAUACUGAUCCAAUAAGCACUUGCUUGAGAGAUAUCCCUUAUUGGGACAGUGGUGAGGGCAUUUGUCAUUGGUGCUGGUGGCUUGGGUUCGAGACCCGCUAGGGGAGUCACCCUGCUCUCACAUUCUUAGCAAUAUACUCUAUGUUAAUGUCAUUAUUUGGCAACAGUUACAACACACCGAUCUGAUCUAAUUAAAAUGAGUUUCUCAUUGAAAGAUGGGAAUCUGUAGGAUUACGCCUUGAGCAUGAAUUAUAACCACAUUUCCACUACCUCUCAUAAGUUAUCAGUAUUUGUUAAUUCUAUAUAGCUGAGCAUCUCUCCACUGUCUUCUUGAAAUCAACACCACAUACCAUGUAUGUCAAGUGAUUCUGUUGCAGUUUGUCUGUUUUUCCACGUUAAAGCUUGGAGAUGGAACUCUGUGUUGUGCAUUGUUUUGGUAUAACUGGCAUAAUCAUUGCUUAAAUGGCAAAUGUGAGAAAGUAAAGACAUGCUACUGUAAAUAUACACAUUUCUGAUAUUCUGAGAAUAUGGCAACCUACGUAUAUUUCUAUCAGAAGCAACACCACCACCUGGGCCAUGUUUUGGCAACACAUUGGAAUGUUCCAGAUAGAAAUGCAAUGUGAGCUGAUGUGAUUCCUAAUCAGAGACAUGUUUGUUCUACAUGAUAUAUGUGGCGUGGAUUUCAAAAAGAUGAUAGAGCGUUGUCUUGUAGAUGCUCAGCUAUCGAGAAUUCUACCGAUUCCCAUCUUUCAAUUAGAUACUUAUUUUAAUUAGAUCAGAUAGGUGUGUUGUAACUGUUGCCAAAUAAUGACAUUAACAUACAGUAUAUUGCUAAGAAUGUGAGAGUAGGGUGACUCCCCUAGCAGGUCUUGAACCCGGGCCACCAGCACCAAUGAUGAACACACUAACCACUGUCCCAAUAAGGGAUAGCUCUAUGGCAUGUGCUUAUUGGGCCAGUAUAGGUAGGCCCUGUCCAGAACAAACCCUAACCCCUCCUCCCUAGGCACUUGUGUAGAUCUGAAACAACUUGAUAUGUGUAAGCAAUAGGGUGAAUGCAUUUUGAAGUAAAUCUCAUCUCUGUAAAAGUACACUUAAGGGAAAUUGAGGAGUAUCAUUAAAACAGGUAUAUAUGGCCCACCAACAUUAGAUAACAAUACAGAAAGCCCUUACAUUUUAUAAAUAAAUACAAUUAAUAAUGAGAGAAUAGUCAGAUUAACUGGUAACUGGCACAGACAUGAUGGUGUAGCAGGAAUAUCUGAAUGUGUGUGUGUGUGUGUGUGAGCCUGUGUGUGAGCCUGUGUGUGUGUGUGUGUGAGUGAGAGCACGUGCACAUGCCUUUUAGAAAUAUGGGGGAAGGUGUAGUGUGACUAACGUGUGAUGAAUGACUGUUUCCCUUCAAGGCCAGUCAAAUAGAGAGAGAAAAACAAAGAGAGAGAGAAAGACAGAGAGAGAGUGUUAAACUAGGGCUUUCCCCGUGCUCACACCACAGUUGAGAAAAAGUGUGAGAUGAAUAUACUAAGAAAGAGAGAGGGAUUAAAGAAGGAGAGUAAGAAAGGGUAUUACCUGCUGUCUUGAUGAUUCCGUGGUAACCAGAGAGUAUGAUUGACAGCGAGGCGUCGCCCUCCUCCGACCUAUUUAAUUACAGCACUACGGCAACCACUGUCCUGGGUUAAUGAGGCGUAAUAUUCCACCACUGUGUGUACGGGUGAGUGUGUCUACUGGUGUGGGUGUGACUGAUGUAUGUACGGGUGAGUGUAUUGGGGGGAGCUUUAAGAGACAGUGUGUGUGUAAUGUGUUUUCCAGGGAAGAAAAUAUUUAGACUUGUAGGCCAACCACCCUCACCCUCCAGCCAUUGUAAUUUCAAGGACAUUUUUUAAAAUGUCCAUCAUGGGUACUUCUUCACUGUGUGUGUGAGGUUGAAAAAAGACAGUGGGAAUUGCAUUUACUCAUUACUCAAACUGAGAGUGCCUCUACAAUGUGUUUGUGUGUGUGUGUGCUUGUGUGUGUGUGUGUGUGUGUGUGUGCGCGCGCUCCCAGACAGAGAUAUUCAUCCUCAUUAAUAAAUCAGCAGACGUAGAGAGCUAGUCGAGCUUUACCUCUGCACCCCUAUCCUUCAGUCUCUCUUUCACAGUGAAUGUCUUUCUCUUCCUUUCUAAACUUGCAUUCUUUCUCUCCCUCUCUCUCUCUGUCCUGUAGUUGGACUGCUCCCUUCGACCCAGCAGAGGGACAGAUCUGCCCCCCAGGGGCCCCUCAUGGGGCCAGGCUGUGACUGGGGAUCCAAGGAGCCCAGGAGAGGAGGGCUGGGGGUGAAGACUGAGGGUCAGUGCCCCCCCUCCUCGGCCCCUGAGCCCCCCACCGAAGACACCGCCUCUCUCAAGCCCCGUCGUCAUAGCAACACGGACAAACCCAAGGGCAAGCGGCCGUGCAAGACCAAACACACCAGCCAGAGAGAGAGGGAGCGGAGGAGAGAGCUGCUGAAUGGCAGCAGCAACCAACAUGGAAGCACUGAUCUGGGAGCAGCUUUGGAGGACAAGGUGAGUGUGGUGGAGUCAUUGGCGUUUCAGUGUUAACAGGUCUGGUGUCAGAUUUAACAGGCUAGAAUGGGCCUGGGAGAGACGGUGAGAUAAAUUACAGAGACAGUGGAUCGAGGAGGGUCGUUCCACCUCAAAAAGCACAAGAAAGAGGAUUUCGACACCCACCAUCUCAGAUUAUUCUGAAAUCGUUUCUGUAGUUAGUAACAGAUACUAUUAGCGUUCCUGAAAUGUUAUUUUGUUGAAAUAUAAUUUGAUCUCUGAGAAAUUAAGCUAAUCGAUUGCACCCAAAUUGGCCAUUUUAAUUUAUAGGAUUCAGAUAAUAUGCAAUAAAUAUAUUACCCAACAUCCAAUUUGGAUCAAACUUCUUCCUACCAAUGAGUAAGACAUGAGGAAUAAAUAAAAAGAAAAGGUCAAAAACCACCCACGGACCCCCCACACCCCACACCCAAUGCAAAAGCCAUCCCAACAACCAGUUCUCUAUGUUUGACAAGUAGUAUGAAGCUGUGGCUUGUCGUAGUGCUUUUCCAUACUAUGUAAUGCAUUCCCUGUGAAUCUGGUGAUGUUUUUUUCCCCUGUUCAGAGAAAUUAGCCAUUGAAGUCGCUUUGCAUUAUUUAGCAUAAAGUAGUGUGAAAGUAACAGAUUUUGACCACUAGAUGCCACUGUUCCUGCUAUACCACCACACUCUUUAUCAAUUUUGCUGGUCUCUUGUGUUCAUUAACUAGAUCACAACAUUUACUUUGCAACUUUGGGUAGAAAACCAAUAGAUCUGUCUCAUUAUGAAAAUAAAUUGUGUGGUCAUCCUCACAAUUCAAGCCAGUCCUCCAUGAAAACAAUUCCGUUUGUCUUAAUAGCAACCUAAUCCUUCAACCCAACUAUCCUUUUUAUUUUUAUUUUUUCUAUAUUUUAUUUUUUCCCCUUUUUCUCCCCAAUUUCAUGAUAUCCAAUUGCGAUCCAAUUACGUUUUUGUCUCAUCGCUGCAACUCCCCAACGGGCUUGGGAGAGGCGAAGGUCGAGUCAUGCGUCCUCCGAAACAUGACCCGCCAAGCCGUGCUUCUUAACACCUGCUUGCUUAACCCGGAAGCCAGUUGCACCAAUGUGUCGGAGGAAACACCGUUCAACUGACGACCAAAGUCAGCUUGCAGGCGCCCAGCCCGCCACAAGGAGUCGCUAGAGCGCGAUGAGCCAAGUAAAACCCCACCUGCCAAACCCUCCCCUAACCUGGACAACGCUAUGCCAAUUGGUUUUGUACCCAAAGUUGCAAAGGAAAUGUUGUGAUCUAUUUAAUAUACACAAGAGACCAGCAAAAUUGAUGAGUGUUGCGGUUUAGCAGGAACAGUGGCAUCUAGUGGUCAAAACCUAGUACUUUCACACUAAUUUAUGGUAAAUAAUGCAAGCGACUUCGAUGACCAAUUUCUCUGAACAGGAGAAAAAAACAUAAUCAGAAGGAAUACAUUACAUAGUAUGGAGAAACAAUACUCCAAGCCGCAGCUUCAUACUAUUUGUCAAACAUAGAGAACUGAUACUGUAUACUGGCUGUUGGCGUGGGAUUGGCAUGGGGUGUGGGGGGGUCCGUGGGUGGGUUUUGAAUUUUUAGGGGGAUUCCUCAUGUCUUAAAUCAGAUGUUGGGUACUAUAUUUAUUGAAUAUUAUCUGAAUCCUAUAAAUUACAUGAACAUUGACAAUUUGGGUGCAAUCAAUUAGCUUAAUUUCUCCAAGAUAAAAUUUAAUUUCAACAAAAUAAUGUUUCAGAAACAACAAUCCUACCUGUUUCUAACUACAGAAACAAUUUCAGAACAAUCUGAGAUGGUGGAUGUCAUGGGUUGCUGAAAUUACAUGGAAUAGAGAGACUGAGAGGGAGAAGGGGGAAUGAGAGAGAGAAAGGGAUUAAAUAUGUUUACGAUGUUUAGAGUGCUGCUGCUGCUCUGACAUCUUCCUGCCCUGGAAAACUCCCUGUGGAUUGUGUUUUUGUGUGUGUAUGUUUGUGUGUGUGUGUGUUGUUGUUCUGUGUGUGUGUGUUUUUGUGUGUAUUACACUUCUUUGACAUAGUAUUCAAGGUAUUUUGCCUGUAAAAACAAUUGGGCAAUGUUUCUUUCAAACAGCCCUAAUUUUACCUCUCUUAUCGGUAUUCACCUUUUAUAUAGCCAUUUCUUUUACCAGGAAGGAGCAAGAGACAUUCAACUUUUACCCUGUUUUUAUGACCAUUGUCAUGGUAACCUGACAGCUGCAUGUUCUAGAUUCCUUCCUUUAAAUUCAGACCUUCCACUGCUUUAAUUUCUUCACAUUCACAACAGUAAGUUAGCAGCUUGCCAUAGCCCGAGAAGCCGGUGUUUGGAGGAUAUAUUGGCAUGGGUGUUGUUAGGCCCAAGAUGAAGUCGAGGGCCGGAAAACCAUGCCAAUAUAUCCUCCAAACACCGGCUUCGAGGGCAUUAUCACUUCUAUACAACGGGUUACCAACAUAUUCAAAUAAUGAUUGACAUAUUUUCAUUAAAAACGUUAUUUUGAUGAAUUUAUUCGUACUAUUUCAUCCUUCCACAAGAUAUAGUCCCGACACUGAAGCACGUAGGGAUCAUCAGGCUCACAAGCAGACUAAAUGCUGCUUCACAUUCACACACAGACACUCUCGCUUUAGGGUUGCUACCCAAGCCGGCUGGUCGUUCGUUCUAUCGGUUCGGUUGCCAGAGACACGACCCAGUCGUUCAGUCUUUUUGUUCUGUAUCUAUGGACGUGACCCAGUCCUUCGUUCUAAAUGUUCCAUUGCCAUACUGGGUGGCAACGUUCUUAUCCCUUGCUUACUAGCUAGCCAACUACGGCUAACUUACAGUCACGUCAAACAGUGCAGCCAGAAUAACAACAUUAGCUGCAUUUGCAUUUGUUUAAGCUGUUUUCUAGUAACAUUUAUUUUGACCUAUCCAUAACAAUGAGCUAAUGAGUAAUGAUUUCGCCUGGCAUAGAAAAUGUGCUCUCUCGUCAGGACACUGUUGUUCAGAGGAGCUAGCCAUCAUCACAGCAAACACAAUCACUUCAAACUGAAGCUGGAAAGACUGCAAACUAGCUGCACGUUUCGUUUGACCUUUUUUCAAUUGACAUUUCUUUGUAUAUAUCCAUAAAAAUGAUGCCAGCUGAUUCAUAAUUUCGACUGGCUGAGAAACGCUGCCUGCCUGUCUGUCUCGUCCCAACUCCCGACCCCUAUACGUUCAUUACUAUGGGACAGCAGGAAAUCUUAUUUGAAUAUUGAAACAAUAUUACAAAUGUUGGAGAGACAGACGGCAAGGUUUAUACAAAUAUCCUCUGUUGAAAACUAAAUGUUAGUCUAAAAGAAAUGUGAGAUAAUGUCUAGAUGCUUUUUAUAGUGGAGAUCAAGUUUAUAAAGUGCUUGGCUGGGCUGAUGAAACAGUGGAUUGCGAAGUCAGAUGGAACAGAGUAAAUAGGCAUUUUAAUGUAAUAGAUUUAGCCCUUGGUAACUUGUGGAAUAGACACUGGCUGGAAUGUGGUUUUAACCAAUCAGCAUUUAGGAUUAGACCCACACGUUGUAUAAUUGUAAAUAAUUGGUAAAUAUUAUCCUUGUAUUUCCCUGUUAUGUUGAAUAAAAAGUUGUGGUAAUAAUAUGAGCUGGUUAGACAAAGAAAAUCCAUUAUUAAUUUGUUUAUGCACAUCCUAAGAAACAUAAGACUAAUAACAUUUAUUUUCAAAAGAAUAGAAUAGCAUAUUUUGAGUUUAAUUAUGUUACUGGUCUGUGCAGCCCAUGGCUGCGCCAUACAAAUGAAAUCAAUAGUUCUUAUUUUGUUAAUUAAAGAGACAAGAGACACACUUGGCCUACAUUCCCCUGCCCUGAUCAGUCAACAGGCCUAUAUUUUAAAGUAAGAAUUAAUAAAAUGGAAUAUGCCAGAAUAAAAUAGAAAUCAUAUUUUUUCCAAACAACUUGAGUGUCACGGCCAUGUUGAACCGCUGUCAUAUAACAGAAAAGUUGUAUUUUGUUCUCAUUUUCUUUUGUCAUAGAAGCAUUAGAAUCUGCUCCUUCCGAUCAUGUCAAUAAAUUAAAAAUCUGAUCUGAAUGAACCUCUGUAGGAUGAUUUCAGAAAGUAGCUUUUUUGAUCCACGUUGGAUGUUGGAUUCCCCCAAGCAUUUUUGUGACAAUAGGCAAGAACAGCUCAAGGACAGAACUACAUACAUUUAAAUGGAGAGAAUAAAUGUAACCUAAUUCUGUGAAGGACAGGUUUGAUGUCAGACAACAAUAGAAUAUUCAUGAUUUAAUGCGUGCCAAAGAUGGUAAGAUGGAAGGCGACGUUUAUACUGAGGGGUUGGCGGGACUUUUAAAUACAUUACCGCAAUCAUUACUAGGUCGGUUGGCAGAAAUAAAAGUACAGGGCUUUGUUGCCGGCAAUACCUUUCAGAUAUAAAGAAAAAGCAGCAAAAAGUUGGUGGCAUGGUAAAAUUAGCAGAAAACGUCUUGGUAUGAAAGGUAUCUUAGUGUGUGUGUGUAUGUGGGUGGGUGUGUGUGUGUGUGUGUGUGUGUGUGUAAGUGUGCGUGUUUGUGUGUGUGUGUGUGUGUGUCUGUGUGUUUAUCUCCGGCUUCAAGCGUUGGGAGUGUGUGUUAUUGUGUAGGUCAAUGCCAACACUGUGUGAGUGUAUGUGCAUUCUUUACAUAACGAGAAAACCCUGGAGCAUUUGAGCAGUAGAGCACUCAAUUACACAAAUCUAUAUCCUCGAAAAUCAGAAUAUAAAUCCUAAAUAGAUAUAAUAUAUCUCUAUAUAUAUAUCUAUCUCUAUCUCUCUCUAUCUCUAUAUUUUCUAUCUUUCUAUGUCUCUAUCUUCUUUCUCUGUCUCUCUCUUUCUCUGUCUCUCUCUCUUUCUCUGUUCUCUCUUCUGUCUCUCUCUUUAUCUCUGAUCUUCUCUAUCUCUAUCUUCUCUCUCUCUCUCUGUCUCUCUCUCUCUCUCUCUGUCUCUCUGUCUCUCUCUCUCUCUGUCUCUCUCUCUUGUCUCUCUCUCUCUCUGUCUCGCUCUGUCUCUCUCUCUCUCUCUCUCUCUCUCUCUCUCUCUCUCUCUCUCUCUCUCUCUCUCUCUCUCUCUCUCUCUCUCUCUCUCUCGCCCACACAGCUCACAGGAAUGUGGUGGCUGAGUGUCUAAAGUGUCGGAGUUGAAAGGGAAAAAAGGAGAGGGAAAAAAAGGCUAGUUGUUUUCCGCUCGCACCGUUCCCAUCCCUCGCUUCAGAUUACAACAGCUGCUCCGACACGGAAUUCCGCUGGGGGGGGGGGGGGCACACAGACACGUUGUGUGAGGGUACGGCUUCAUGUGUGAGAGAGCGUUUGUCUGUAUGUGUGUGUGACUAGCUAUAUCUGAAUUGGUGUGUGUGUGUGUGUUCUUGCUAACCCCCUCCUCCUCCUGUCUCUCUCUUCCCCAGGUCAGUGAGCAGUGUGCUCGGAGGAAGAGACCCUCUUCUCCCCUCCAUUACCUCGGCUCUCCGGUCAAGCCCUGUUCCCCCGCGAUGCGGCCGCCCUCGCUACCCCCUCAGGUGAAGGGCUCUGGGACAGUCCCACUGGAGGGAGCAGGGGUGAGGAGGGCCCCGCCUGCUGAGCCUCCUGUGGUGCGGCCCAUCCCCCCAGAGGCGCGGAGACUAAUCGUCAACAAGAACGCUGGAGAAACGCUGUUACAGAGAGCAGCACGGCUCGGAUACGAGGUAAGACAAAUAUUGUCUUUGUUCUCGCUCUCCCUCUCUCCCUCUCCUUUUCUCUCUGUUUCCUCGCUCUCCCUCUCAGUUCCCCCCAAACCCCCCCCCCCCUCCUCGCUCUCCACCCCCUCUUUCCUCCCAGCGCUCUCUCUUCUGUCCCUCCCUCUUUGUGACUCACAUUGUUGUUGGCACGUACACACAGACACAUACACACACACACACAAACACUGAAGCACGUAGGGAUCGUCGGGCUCACAAGCAGACUAAAUGCUGCUUCACAUUCACACACAGACACUCUCGCGAGGGCGAAGGAGGGUAAGGAAGGGAGGAAGAGAGAAGAGGGAGGAGAAUAGAGAGAGAGAAGGGGGGAGAGAGCUUCUUGAUCGUCUCUUCUCUUUCUCUCUCCUCUCUUUCUCUCUCCUCUCUUUCUCUCUCCUCUCUUUCUCUCACCUUUCUCUUCCUCUCUAAUCUUUUUUUUAUUUUGGUAGUUUUUAACUCUUUCCCUGCUGGGCUGUGAAUCCGGAUUUUCCCUGCAGUGAAUUGUGGGAAUGUUGUAUUUCCCUGUGGAAUAAUGCUCUGCUUAGGAAUGAGGUCUGGAGAUAGGAGGGAUGAGUGUGGCGGGACUUACAAGGAUGCGAGGACAAUAGAUCAGUUCUUUUUUUGAACGAGUGUGGCAUGUGACCAGUACUACCCGAUGGUUUUGUCAGGGCUUCUCCUGGGGGCAGAGACCGAGCCGCCUAUAUGGUGUGUGUGUGUGUGUGUGUGUGUGUGUGCGUGUGUGUGUAUGUUUGUGCUCCGUCUCUGUUGUGGCACAGCUUUUUCUGAUCUCACACACUCCCGCUCCUUUCCCUGCUUUCCUUCCGCUCUCGCAAUCUCCCUCUUGCCUCACGCUCUCCUCCCUCGCUCUCACGCUGCUCCUCCUCGCGCUCAACGCUUCCUCCCUCAACUCUAUCUCUCUCCGCGAUCUCACGCUUCCUCCCUCGCCUCCUCUCUUCUCCUCCUCGCUGCUCACGCUCUCCUCCCUCGCCCUCUCUCUCUCCUCCCUCGCUCUCUCUCUCCUCCCUCUUUCUCUCUCUCUGUCCUUCCCUCCCUCGCCUCUAUCUCUAGCUCCCUCUUCUCUCUCUCUGUCCUCCCGAUUUUCUUUGCUCUCCCCAGAGGCCUACUUAGCCCCCUCUUUGAUCAGAGCCACACACAUGACUGACUAGUGAACACCACACCAACACCACAGGGGCCACAUCCCUCCUCCCUCCUCCCUCCCUCCUCCAUCCCUCCCUCCCUCCCUCCCUCCCUCCCUUCUCUCUUUCUUUCUCUCUCUCUGACUCUCUCUCUGGGCUGUAGUUCAUUAAGUGGGCUGUCAGUGACAGUUAGAUUGCUGUUAAUUAACCCCCCCCCGGCCCACUAUGUGUGUUUAAAACAGACCCAGCCUGUAUUUCUUUAUAACCCCUGGUUUCAUUUCCACAGGAUUGCGUUGGUCCUCUCUCAGCGCCUUUCAACACAUGCAGACUAUGUGUCUGUCUAUCAUCUAUUAUCUCUCCUUUCUCUGCAGCAUGUGUGCCUGUACAGCCGUGUGUGUGUCAGUCAAUCUUUCUCUCUGUGUGUGUGUGUAAUUCAUCUCUGAUGGAGGUGUCUUGAUGGGGCUGUUAAAUAGGUGCAGUAAGAAGGGUGGGUAGGGUGUGUGUGCGGUUGUGUGUGUGUGUGUGUGUGUGGCUAAGAGGUAAGCGCUGGGAGUAUAAUUGUGUUCUAAUGGCCCUCUAAUGUGCCGUGGUGACUGUGGUUAGCAGUGGCGGCGGCUGUUCUUCUCCACACACACACACACACACACACACACACACACACACACACACACACACACACACACACACACAACCGGGCGCAGCGCAGCAGCGGGGCUCAGUCAGCCGGCUCGGCUCUGAUUUAUGCGUCUCUCUCAGAGCGUUUUUUUUUCUCCUUCCUCUCCUCCAUGUGUCGAGGGGAAAGAAGGAGGGAGGGAGGGAGGAGGAGAAGGCGGGGUUGUUGUUUGUGCAGCGGUCAGCGCCUUGUUUGUGUAGUCUCAGGUUCUCUCCUUCCCCCUAUCCCUCCCUCCCUCUCUCUUUUUUCUCUCCCUCUCCAUCUCAGGAAGCGCGUCUCUCACUGCCUGUGUGCGAUAAGCCUGGGGCAGACCCCCGGGGCUUGCACACACACACACACACACACACACACAUACACACAUACAUAUACACACACACAUACACAGAGCGUCUCACGCUUCUCACACGCAGGCAGAGAGACAUGAAAGCUGAGACACACACACACACACGCAUAUAUACACACACACAUGCACACACACACACACAUAUAUACACAUAUACACACACACAGUGACCCAGUAAGCACACACACUAGCAUACUCAUGCUCCCUUCCCAACACUCACUGUGUCUCUCUCUCCCCCGUGCGCGCACACUUAACACACACACGCCUGGCAUGCCCUAGCCAACACUCUGCAUUCUGCAUAUUUCAUGUUGGUUUAGUUUUGCCCUUCGUGCCGCUUCACAUGAAAGCCCACUCUCUCUCUUCCUCUCUCUAUCUCUCUCUCCCUCCCUUGCUCUCUCUCUUUCAGCAUUUUAAAUGGUAAUGAGAAGAGACUCUGUGGAUAUCUUCAUCUUUCUCUCUGGGCUUGGUCCCAUCAGCUUCAGCUCAGACAUACAGCCUCAUUCUACAUCCAUACUGCUCAGCUCCUCACCACUGACUUAUAGCCAGAAAUGCUAUAAAUGUAUUGCUAUUUCUGUGUGUGUGUUUGCAUGCAUGUGUGUGAUACAUAGCUUUCCUUCUCUGUAUGUGUUUAGCAGAUUUCUCUGCCUCUCCUGUCGACUCGCAAGGCUUGGCAAGGGAUCACACUCUGUGGUCCUGGCACACACGCGCACACACACACACACACACACACACACACACACACACACACACACACACACACACACACACACAGAGAGCUGUUGUGAUGUGUGGUGUGAUGAUGGUUGUGUGUAAGGGGUUAAAUGUCUGAGGGAUGCAUUGAUUGCAGUUGAGCGCAGGGAAGCAUUCUAGAGAGGGAGAUUAGAGGACAGGGGUAGAGAGAGAAGGAAGAGGAGGAGGGAGGGAGAGCGUCUCAUUUUACUGCGGAGGAGUGUGUGUGUGUCUGGCUGUGAGCUGGAGCUCUCGUGCUAAGCUCCUCACUCUCUCACAGCGAUAUUAAACACGGCUCCAGAGGUUUAGCGCUAGGUUUCCGCCACACACACACACACUCUGAGACGUACACUCGCACACAUACACACACAGCAAGAGGAGUCUUGGAGCUUGGGUACACUCCUGAGUCCAUUUCCAGUUGGCAGAGCUAGAGGACUUCUAUCCUUCUUCCUCCUCUUUCUCUUUGUCCUCUCCUUCCUCUCCUUCUCCUUCACUCUAUAUUCCCCCUCCUCUUCCUCCUCUGUUCAUUCUCCUUAUCUCCUCUUCCUCAUUUCCCUUUCCUCUUUGUCUCCUCCACUCCUCCUGUUCCAUCUCCACUACCCUCCUCCCUCCUCAUCUCCUCUCUUCCUCUCCUCCUGCUCUCAGAGAGAAAGUGUAUGAUAAACACUUGCAGUCGACGGCUGUCCAGAAUUAGCAUAGAAAUGGAAGUUUGGAACCGUUCCCUAGGUUCAUAUGAGUGUGUGUGAGUGUGUGUGUGCGAGGCACGUACGUGUGUGUGAGCGAUCGUGUGCGUGUGCCAAUGCUCUCUUUUUGAAUGAGCACCCCCAUAAAGACACAUAUAACCCCUACACUACCAGAACAAAGCUGUGCAAUCGUUCCACUCAAGACUUAAGUUUCCACACACCGCUAGCGGUGUUCAUGUAAAGCGUCAAUGUGUCAGCUCCCUCAGGUUGGUUAGUAACAAGAGAUGAUGAACACCAAAUGGAACCCAGCCCAACCCUCUCUGUGUUCCGUCUCUCAUUGUCAUAACCACAUAAUUGGUUCCAACUCCUGAACAGUUUGAACAGUUUUUUCCCACUCCACUCUACACUACCGGUCAAAGGUUUUAGAACACCUACUCAUUCAAGGGUUUUUCUUUAUUUGUACUAUUUUCUACAUUAUAGAAUAAUAGUGAAGACAUCAAAACUAUGAAAUAACACAUAUGGAAUCAUGUAGUAACCAAAAAAGUGUUAAACAAAUGGAUUCCAGGUGACUACCUCAUGAAGCUGGUUGAGCGAAUGCCCAGAGUGUGCAAAGCUGUCAUCAAGGCAAAGGGUGGCUAUUUCAAGAAUCUCAAAUAUAAAAUAUUUUUUGAUUUGUUUAACACUUUUUUGGUUACUACAUGAUUCCAUAUGUGUUAUUUCAUAGUUUUGAUGUCUUCACUAUUAUUCUACAAUGUAGAAAAUAGUAAAAAAAAAAAAAAAACUUGAAUGAGUAGGUAUUCUAAAACUUUUGACCGGAAGUGUAUCUGUGUGUGUUCUGAUUCCAGCCGUAAGCGCUACAACAGUGUGUUCCAACCAUGGCCAUAGUUGAACGAACGACAGACAGACAGAGUUAGACAGACUAGCUCUAUCUGAGUCAUUGUUGUUGUCCCAAUUCUGGGUUUGGAUUCUUGCUGUGCUGUUGUGUGUGUGUGUGCACACGUGCGCGUUCUGUGUGCGUGCAGCGUGCAUGUGUGUGUCCAGUUCUUUGUGGUGUAGACACACACUCAUCUGUACCUCCCUCCCUCUGUCCUCUGCAGGAGGUGGUGUUGUACUGCCUGGAGAACCGUGUGUGUGAGGUGAACCACAGGGACUAUGCAGGCUACUGUGCACUCCACGAGGCCUGCGCCCGCGGCUGGAUCUCCAUAGUCAUACACCUGCUGGAGCACGGUGCCGACAUCAACUGCAGUGCACAGGACGGCACCAGGUACAUUCACAAUGCCCUAUACAUUACACAGAGUGAUACAAAAACACACACACACACAUCACACAUAACACACAUAAAGCCGUAUACACACACACACUAAUAUGCAGAAAUGGACACACACACAAUGUGUAUCUCAUAAUGUGUUUUUCCUUGAAGACAAUAUUCAUUCGUGUGUGUGUGUGUCCAGGCCUCUGCAUGACGCGGUGGAGAAUGACCAUCUGGACGUAGUUCGGGUGUUGCUGUCCUACGGGGCUGA